UCACAAAACGAACGCAUGCGUAAAAAUAAUCCAGCGACGAGGAAAAAUUGUUAAACUCGCGACUCGGCGAUCUCCAACGCGAUGUGCUCAAGAUCACUAGCAACCGAUGCAACGUAGAAUAGUUGGUUAAUUUAUUUUUUUACGUUGUGUACUUAGUGUAAAGUUUAAGCCACAAAUACUAACUAACAACAAUAAACCUAACCACAUAUCUAGUAUAAAAACAAUAAUAAUAACAACCAAUCACUCGAUGUAACUCGUACAUUUAUUGAAUGUAGCUGGUAGGUCUAGUCGUCAAUUAAAAACGUGUAGUUAGUUUAUAAAUUUGUUAACUGAAAGUAUCUAUUAAAAGUUAUAAAAAUGACUCGAUUAAAUCUUCAAGUAAAUUACUUGACUCAAGAGCAUCUCACUGGUUUUGAAAAUUACAAGUACAGCUGCUUGGAUACCAGUCCUCUCAGCAUUUAUGUUAUGCACCCAUGGUGGAACAAGGUUAUCACUUGGUGUCCAAAAUGGGUAGCUCCAAACUUAUUAACCUUCUCAGGAUUCCUCUUCACAGUAGUGAACUUUCUAAUGUUCGCCUACUACGAUUACUAUUACUACGCAUCGAGUGAUGACCACCCGGAAUACCCAGCGAUACCCCAACUGGUAUUUCUGCUAGCUGCAUUCAAUAUCUUCAUGGCGUACACCUUGGACGGUAUCGACGGUAAGCAGGCGCGACGAACCCAGACCUCAGGUCCCUUGGGAGAGCUGUUCGACCACGGACUGGACAGCUGGACCGCGAUGCUGAUAACAGUCGGCAUAUACUCAGUAUUCGGUCGUACCGAUCACAGUAUCCCUCCUCUGAGGAUGUACUUUGUCCUCUGGAACAUCAUGAUAAACUUCUACCUGAGUCACUGGGAGAAGUACAACACCGGAGUAUUAUUUCUUCCCUGGGGCUACGACGCCUCCAUGCUUGCUACAAUCCUGCUGUUUAUCGUCACCGGCAUCCUGGGCCACGGCUUCUGGAAAAUGGAUCUUCCCGGAGGUUUCAACGCUGGCAUGCUCUUCGAAGUAGUUCUCUACGUAAGUGCGAUGGUCUCGAACGUCCCAGUCAUCAUAUGGAACAUAAUAAAGUCUUACCGAGACAAGACCGGGAAAAACCGGAGCUUCAUCGAAGCCAUGAGACCUCUAGUGCCUCUUGUUAUAUUAGUCAGCAUUUCUACAUACUGGGUGACACACUCUCCGACAAACAUUAUGGAGAAAGACCCGAGAAUUAUUUACUUUGCAACUGGGACGAUAUUUUCCAACAUCUGCUGUCGUCUGAUCGUGUCGCAGAUGAGCAACACCAGGUGCGAAAUCCUGCCCUGGAUCUUGCUGCCGCUGGGUGUUGCGGUAAUUUUUUCCUACGUAGCGCCCAGCUACGAUUUACAAAUAAUGUACUUGACUGCUCUAGUUGCCCUCGCUGCUCACAUACACUACGGGAGCUGUGUGGUGCGCCAGAUGUGUCAACACUUCCGUAUAAACACAUUCCGCAUUCGCGAACAUUCAGAAUGACUACUUGCCGACGAUGCGUGCUAAAAAUGAAGAAUUACACUUUUAUAAUGGAUCAAUAGAUCUUACACACGUUUAUUGCCAUUUAUUUUUAAAUACGUAUUUAUAUGUACUUGUAAUCAAUCAAAACCAACUCUACUAGUACGUCUAUUGAUAAUCCAAUUGUCUUUCUUCAUUGAUUCUUUUUUUUUUUUUUUUUUUUUUUUUUAAUUAUUUUUUUUUGGUCUUUUAUAAAUUUAUAAAUUUAUUCUGUUUGUUUGGCUCGUGUGUAGGUUCAUUUUUAUGUGCCUUCAUUUUUAUCAUGUAUCGUCUCUCGGACGUUAUUAUAAUUAUUAUUAUUUUAGUAAGUAAUUUAUUUUAAGGGGGAACAUUGUGACGGUCGAAAAAAAAAGUGUU